UUUGCUGUUUUUUUAUAUUUUAAAGCUUACAUAACGACUAUGGAAUAAAUUAGGUAAAAAAUAACUUCCAAAAUGAAGAAACUGGAAUACAUAACAGCGUGGGUAAUCGUUGUUACUGUUUUCUGUGGUUUAUCCGUACAUGGAGAGCGAGUCAGACGUACAAGUAUAAACUGCCCACAGAGCUGUAGUUGCGGUUUGUUUAAUAACGAUAAAAAGUCGAUCAAUUGCUCCAACACUGAGAAAACUAAUGUCCCUCAAGAUAUACCUGGAGACUCUACGCUGGUUGAUCUCAGCAAUAAUGUGAUAACUGGUAUUGGACGAAGAGAUUUUAAUCAGAUGGUUCAGUUGCGCACAGUAGAUUUAUCCAGAAACACAAUAACGGCAAUUGACGGUUUUGCGUUCGACGCUUCCCAUUUAGAAUUCCUUGACCUUUCGUUUAACCCGCUUGGUAACUUAACUAUAAACGAUCUUGGGCAAGCUGCAAGGUCGUUACGAGUUUUGAAUAUAUCUGAUACGAAUAUAAGAAGAUUUCCUAUGCUAAAGGACCCGCAAGGCCGCUACAUGACCCAACUAAAACGUCUCGUGGCAUCCAACAACCUCUUUCCUGAGAUUCCAUACGGGCGUCUGCCUACAGGUCUUGAAUACGUUGAUGUGUCGUGUCUUGAAAUGCGCAUGUUACGAGCUAGAACCUUUCGUGGGCUUCUCCAUUUAAAAGAGAUUCGAAUAACUGGAUGCGACGCACAACAGAGAAAACUAACGGCCAUAGAAAGAGGUACAUUUCAAAGUAUGCCAUCGCUUCAACUCCUAGAUUUAAAGGACAACGCUUUGACAAGAAUUCCAAAAGGUUUACCAACAAAUAUAUUGGUUCUAGAUCUGUCACAUAACUCAAUUUUACGAGUUAAGUCCGGACAAUGUUCGACUGCCGAGUCGGUUGAUACGGUGACGUCGGAAGAUUAUUUCCCAGUUGAAGAACGAACAACUGCGCAGAGCAAUAUUGGUAGCGAACUAUCAAGCCUUACAGUGCUAAGAAAAUUAGAUCUAUCAGGGAACUCAAUACUUCAACUCUGUAUUGAUGAUUUCAUGUUUAUGAGAGAACUAAAGGAUUUGAACCUCAGCUCUAACACAUUGAAACAGUUCCACCCUCAAACCUUCGUAUACCCAUCAAACCUUGAAUCGUUGGAUCUUAGUUACAACAACCUGGUUACUUUCAACACGUACAACUUGGUUGCACUAAAAGAGAUCUAUUUACAAGGCAACCGCAUUGGAACAGUACAGAAUGAAAUGCAGUUAAUGUUACCAUCAUUACGUAAAGCCGACUUCUCAAACAACCCCUACAGAUGCGACUGCCACAUCACCAGUUUUGUAGAUUAUGUUCAAACCACAUCCGUGUUAUUACUUAACAAUAAUUUAAAUUUAUACUCGUGCUUUAUGCCGGUAGGCCUACGAAAUCAACCGCUUAUAAACGUUAUUUCCAGCCAACUUGUAUGUGACGAAGUGACCAGUACUAAAGAGACAGUACCCCCAUGGGCAAUUGCUGCCCCUGUUUCCUUAGUCGGUCUAAUUGGGAUUGUCAUUGCAACAGUCAUUGUUGUAAUUGUGAGGCGAAAAAAGAAAGGCGAGAAGUGGUGUUGUAAAAAGAAUGAAGACCCGAAAAGAAAAGUUGUUUCGAAGUUUACUAAAUACGAAGAAGGGAGCGACAUCGUUAUAAAAAACGACAGUUGGAACGAUGCUGCUAUUCUAUGCCACCAAACUAACCAGACAUGGAUCUUAAAUGCGAUGAUACCAAAGUUGCAUCGGCACACGCAAUCUUCCAAUAGUGCUGACAGUGAAAUGCCUUUGGAGAAAAGCGAAAUGAAGAAAUCGCUCAACUUGGACGUUUUUACUGUCGGGAAAACGAUCCGGAUUGAUCGUUUGAACAGCUGCAUUGACUCCAACAGAAAGAUCGUUUUGAUCAUCACGUUUGAAUUUCUUGGGGAAGAAUCGUGUGUGUUUAUCUUGAAGACAAUACAUGAACGAAUGCAGAAAGACCCGAAAGAGUCUGUCAUUAUAGUUCUAUUGGAUGCUACACCUUGGAAGGACAUGCCAGUUGCUCUUCAGCGACUUAUGGUGGAGAAAUCGUUCGUACAAUUCCCACAGAGUGGUCGGCAUAGGCAGGAGUUUUAUUUCUGGGACACUUUGUGUGCCCUGGUGUGUAGAACUACAGAAAGCGGUCCAAGGCGGAAUUGGCUUGGUACAGAAGUUCCCGACGAUGGUGACUUGAUGCCCACAGCACGACACGUUGAAAAGUUGGAUGAUUACGUCAUCAAAAACCGUGACGUCAGCACCAUACGUUCAACUAGGCGAGCAGAAGACGACGAGAAACCAGAGAUAGGAAUCAGUGCCGCAAGAGCCGCCCGCCUCCGUCGUCUUGGGAUAGAUCGUAACGGGGAAGUCGUGUGUGAGGUACGAAGGCCAGCAAUGAAAGAGCCAGAAGUAAAUACGGUUAGUAACCAAGUAAAAGACGAUCCUUUGAUAACACUUCCUUCUUCGUUUGACCCUCCUGUCGGAACCUUUCCGAAUUCGACGAUGAAAAGGCUUGAUGACGUAAGGGUUGAUGACGUCAUACCUGAAGAUCCGGAUGAUGAAAUGAUAAGCAGUAGAAAUGCAUACGCGAGUCACCGACGCCACAGAGGCAAACGUUCGCAUACACUACUCCCACCUAACUGCGAGGACGCGGAGAGCAUUUACUCCGCUGAGGAAGAAGAGGCUGACGUCAGACCACGUGACCGUGACGUAAGUCCGAACGGGCGACGUAGAAGAAGAAGACGUCAUCGUAAACACACGAAGUCAUCUCAAAGACGUCACGAACACCGACCGAAAAAAUCGCGAAGGUCCCCCGUUUCUGACGAAUUUGAAAGACCGACAAAAUCGCGCCGGUCGCCUGUUCCUGAUGAAUUCGAUAAUUUGCAUGGUACGGUAGAACCUCCGCCUAUACCAGAAAAAGAAUUUCCUCUUGUGCCAGAGACUGUUGCUGACAAUCAUCCACCGAAAAUGGAAAAGAAAAAACGCUGGCAGCAGUUAGGGACUCCACUCAGUCGAUUGAAAUCGUUUUUUUAGGGUUUGAGUAUUAUUGUAGAUGCUGCACUUAUCUAUGCGCUUAUAUAUGCAUAAAAAACGCAUACAUUCCAUUUAGGUUCUUAUUUACACCGAUAAACCGCAAGCAUAAUUCUAUACUUUAAAUAACAAGUACAUUUUUUUAAAUGUGUACUAGAAA